UAUUAGUUAAGUUUACGCGCCAGUUUGACUAGUUUUCACAAGCACUCUGUUGUGGUACUGUACUGUCAUGACUACGUCGUGGGUUUUACAGUGCAAGGACUUAUCUAACACUGAUUUGGUUCAUAUCGCCAAACUUGCUGAGCAGGCUGAACGAUAUGAUGACAUGGCGGCAGCUAUGAAGCGGUAUACCGAGGCUUCGGGGAAUUUAGGGAACGAAGAACGGAAUUUACUGUCGGUGGCAUAUAAAAAUGUUGUAGGUGCUAGAAGAUCAGCAUGGAGAGUGAUACAUGGAAGUGAGAUGAAAGCGGUAAAUGACUGUACCAAGAAACAAAUAGCAGAAGAGUAUCGUAUUAAAAUGGAAAAGGAGUUGAACACUAUAUGUAAUCAAGUUUUGGCCCUACUUGAGGAUUAUCUGCUUCCAAAUGCAAGUCCCGAUGACAGCAAAGUUUUCUUUCUGAAAAUGCAAGGUGACUACUACCGGUAUCUCGCUGAGGUUGCCACCGAUGAUGCUCGAACAGAAGUGGUACAGAAAUCGUUGGAUGCCUACACGAAAGCUACUACGGCUGCCGAAAAUUUGCCUACCACUCAUCCUAUCCGUCUUGGUUUAGCUCUUAAUUUCUCUGUGUUUUAUUACGAAAUACAAAAUAAUUCUGCUAAGGCGUGCGAUUUAGCUAAAUGCGCCUUCGAUUCAGCAAUAGCAGAACUAGAUCAGCUUCAAGAUGAUUCCUACAAAGACAGCACACUAAUUAUGCAGCUUCUAAGAGACAAUUUGACGUUGUGGGCCAGUGACCAAACAGCUGAGGGAGAUGUUGAAAAUGACGGCUAAACUCUGUUCUGUAAUAUUUAUUAUAGCCCUCAUGUCAUACAAGAUCUAUGUCAAUUUUCUGAUUGUUUA